GGAACUAUCUGCAAAGAUCACAGUGUGACGUAAACGACGAUCUAAACAAGUAUCAGCUGUGUAACAGUCAUUGUUCGUAUCCGUUUUGGCAGGCGUGCAAGAAUUCUGUUUUUCUUCGUUUUCUGAUCGUCGGUUAGCAGGUCCGACGGGAUAAACGGCAUACGCAUUAAUCAAGAAAAGAAGCAGAAAAAAGGGGGGAGGCUACGAGUUUUCCGUGCAACGCAACCGUGGCUGCGUGCGUGCUCCAGCCCCAGCCCCACCAACGAUCUUAAGGACAAUAAUCGUGUGAAAAACGGGGCGGUACGCGCAUAAGCCUGGCCUCGAGCAGCGAGUCAGACGACGGUGGACUCGCUCCGCCACCGUGCAAAAGGUCUCGUAGUUCUCUCCCGACUACUCUACGACCAGCGGACGAGCACCACACCGAUCCUGAGAUGGAAAACUAUCGCAUAAUGCAACAGCAGACUUCAAACGGUGGCAUUUCCUCCGGGCUGCAGCAGAAUGGUUCAACAGCUGAUUCUGGUGGACCUCAUGCAAAUGGCAACAUGAUACCGGAAUCGGAUAAUGACAUCAGUGUUAAUGGAGAAACAAAUCAGAAUUUGGGUCCGCCGAAAAUAAUGGACAAAACCAAUCAAGAUAUUGUCAGACUUAUUGGACAACAUUUGAAGACAGUCGGACUGAAUCGUACAGCAGAUCUUCUCAUGCAAGAAUCAGGUUGUCGUCUAGAUCAUCCAGCUGCUGCAAAAUUUAGACAACAUGUUAUGGAUGGAGAUUGGACAAAGGCAGAGCACGACCUUAGUGAACUUAAAAUAUUUUUAAAUGGAGCAAAUCAAAGUCUAGUAGAGAUGAAAUUCUUGUUACUAGAACAAAAAUACUUAGAAUACUUAGAAGAAGGAUUAGUACUGGAAGCAUUGCAUGUCUUGCGCAAUGAACUUACACCUUUAGGGCAUAAUACAGGUCGUGUACACCAGUUAUCUGCAUUUAUGAUGUGCAGUGGACGUGAUGAAUUACAGACACGUGCAGGCUGGGAUGGCAAAGGCGCAGUCUCGAGGGCUGCUUUAAUGGAUAGACUACAGAAAUAUCUGCCACCCUCCAUUAUGUUACCACCACGUCGCCUUCAUUCUCUUUUGUGUCAAGCUGUGGAAAUGCAAAAUCAACAAUGUACAUACCACGUAACACAUACUCAGGCAAGUUUAGAAAAUGUGUCACUGCUUGUGGAUCACAGCUGUAGCAAAGAACAGUUCCCGUGCCAUACUCUACAGGUGCUCAAUAAUCAUUGUGAUGAAGUGUGGUAUUGUAAAUUUUCUCCUGAUGGUCGUAAACUAGCUACAGGUUCUAAGGAUAUGACUGUAAUUAUUUGGGAUGUUGAUCCAGAAACAUUGAGAGUAACUCACAGAAAAACAUUAGAGGGUCAUACUUAUGGAGUAGCACUAAUUGCUUGGAGUCCUGAUAGCAGUCUUUUAAUUGCGUGUGGACCUGAAGAUUGUCCAGAGCUUUGGCUUUGGAGUAUUGACCCACCUGAUUAUGAACUACGUGCAACAGUAACCCAAAGUACUGAUGAUUCACUUACAGCUUGUGCUUGGUAUCCUGAUUCACGUAAAUUUGUAGCUGGAGGACUUCGUGGACAGUUCUAUCAAUUUGAUAUUGAAGGUAAUGUCUCAGAAUCAUGGGAAGGAGUUAGAGUAAAAUGUCUGUGGUGUAAAAAUGAUGGAAAAACGGUUCUUGCUGCUGAUUCGCAUCAUAGGAUUCGGGGAUAUAAUUUUGACGAAUUAUGUGACUUUACAAUAUUACAAGAAGAUCAUCCUUUGAUGUCCUUUAGUGUAGAUAAAGCAGAUCGACUUGCGCUUCUUAAUGUGGCUAAUCAGGGUGUACACCUUUGGGAUUUACAAGAUAGAUGUUUAGUAAGACGUUUUCAAGGUGUCACUCAAGGACAUUUCACAAUCCAUAGUUGUUUUGGUGGUGUAAAUCAAGAUUUUGUUGCAUCUGGUAGUGAAGAUACUAAAGUCUAUGUGUGGCAUAUCAAAAGGGAAUUACCUAUAGCAAUUCUAACAGGACAUAGUAGAACAGUAAAUUGUGUUUCAUGGAAUCCAGUAUAUCACCAAAUGAUGGCUUCUGUAUCAGAUGAUUGCACAGUGAGAAUAUGGGGACCUAGGUCAUCUUCUCCAGAAAAAGUUGAUAGUGACAAGACUGUUCCAUUAGAAAGUAACUCCUCAAAUGGUAGUGGAUGGCAUGAAAUGGUAUCGUAGCGUACUACAGUAUAUCAGUGUUCCCAUGACCUCAUGGUGUUCAAAAGACUGUCAUAUUGAUUGUCAUACUGACUCUUUCCUGCCCCAGCAGCUAUCUCUUUAUGCCUCAUUACUGUAAGUCUGCGUAAAUGACUACUAUUGAGAGUAAAAGAGAGAUGUGUUAGCAUUAUGCUAAUUCAUUAAACAACUAAUAAUCAGGAGUUAUUUGAGAAUCAAUCUUUUCUUUAUUACCAGAUUUUAUAUACAAUCUUAUGGUUUAUCUGUUUGUCAAAAUUAAAUUUAAAUGAUUUAUCAAUAUGAAUUAAUGAUGUAAACUUUUGCAAACAAAAACAGCAUAAUAUAUGUUGGCUAAUAUAAGUUAUGACAAAAUAGAAAUUCAACAAAUUCCGUCGUAGCAUUGAUGUAAAGAGAAAAAUUAAUGUGCAUUAAUAAGCAUAAAGUAAAAAACAUUGCAGCAAGAUAUAAAAUUUAUAAUUUCGUGAGACUAUUAUCAAAAAAAGAAACCUUGUUUUGACAGAAACUGUGUCAGAUUUAAUCUUUCUAAAAAUAAAAAGCUGUAAAUAACAA